GCUCCGCGUGCGGCUCCAUUCAGCAGGCGGAUCUACAGCGCAGAGCUCAUAAAGCCUGAGCUCUCACAUUUGCUGCGACGUUACAGAGAAACACACACACACACACACGCACACACACACCCCUCCGCAGACAAACACUCACACACCGCCAGAGAAACACCCGCCGCCGGAGAAAAGGCCCUACAGCGCUGUGAGGACUACGCGGGGCUGGUGUUCACCGUCUGUCCGCCGUCGGAUAUUUGGCCGCCCGCUGUGAGGAGACGCUCAACAGGUUCCAAUGUGUGACCUCAGCAUGGACCAGGUGACCCCCAUGUCAUCAGGCUACCGCUGUCUGAAGAGGCAGGUAGCCUUUGAGCUCUUUGAUGACCCCAUGUCUCUGUUCUCUGGGUUUUACCCAUCAGUGGAGGAGGAGCAGGCUGCUCAAGAGGUUCCCUCAGGUCUGGACUGUGUUCCACAAGACCUGGGCCCAUGCUCCGUGCCUCUGCUGACACCCUGCAGUAAAGCAGUCAUGAGUCAGGCUUUGAAGGACAGCUUUAACGGCUUUUCCAAAGUGCAGCGUAUCUGCGGCAUCUCCAACAACCCACGCAAAUGGAGCAAACAGCAUGUCCUGCAGUGGCUGCACUGGGCUUCCGGUGAGUUCAGCCUCACCAACGUCAACUUCUUCAAGUUUGAUAUGAGCGGCCAGGAGCUGUGUGACCUGGGAAAGGAGGGCUUCCUGGACCUGGCUCCAGACUUUGUUGGUGAUAUCCUCUGGGAGCACCUGGAGCAGAUGAUAGCCUGUCAGGAGAGCAGUGAGGUGAAAGCGCUUUCCUGUCCUGCUCCAAGUGAAUCAAACUGGAUGAGCAGCAACUCUGUAGGUUUCGGACUGGAGGACACGCAGUGUGUGCUGCAGGUUUCAGACAGCAGUAGUAGCCUCCUGAGGGAGCUGUUUGAGGCUCCGGAGAAUCCUACUCAUUUGAUCUCCGACCAGGACUUCUCCAUGUUCCCCAAGCCUCGACUGAGCACUGUCAAUGUCAGCUACAUCAGCCAGGAGUACCCAAACAGCAAAGCAACACCACCAUGCCUCACCACACCUUUCUCAUCCCUUGAGAAGACAUCUAUAGAGAGUCUGGACAGUGUGGAUGGAUCAGAGUGUGUGCUGCGUUCCUGGGGCAGUCAGUCCUCUCUCGCCGACACCCAGCGCGUCCCCUCUCAUGACAGCUUUGAUGAUGAGUACACCGCUGCGCCACUGAGUCUUGGCAAGCAGGGUCUGUCCUUUAAGGACUAUGUUCAGGAGAGAAACGAACCGCUGGAGCAGGGCAAACCUGUCAUCCCUGCCGCUGUGCUCGCUGGAUUUACCGGAAGUGGACCUAUCCAGCUGUGGCAGUUCCUCUUGGAGCUUUUGACCGACACAACCUGCCAGGGCAUCAUUAGCUGGACGGGAGACGGAUGGGAGUUCAAACUCACCGACCCUGAUGAGGUUGCACGGCGCUGGGGCCGCCGAAAGAACAAGCCCAAGAUGAACUACGAGAAGCUCAGCCGCGGCCUGCGUUACUACUACGACAAGAACAUCAUCCACAAGACGUCCGGGAAGCGCUACGUCUACCGCUUCGUCUGCGACUUGCAUAACCUUCUGGGUUACACCGCCGAAGAGCUGCACAGCAUGCUGGGAGUGCAGCCCGACACGGAGGACUGAGCCAAGCAACCGCCUCUGAGGAGGGGUGUUCGUGUGACAGAGCAGAGGGGGAAAACUCCUCAGGUCCACUGUCAUGGUCUAGGCCUUUUUAAAAGGUCUGCGUCCUGAGUGACGCAGCACUGCGGUUGCACUUGAAGCCUCUGCCCCGGCUGAGGAGCGGAGCGCCGAUUUUCUUUUUCCAGAGCUGGACGUACCUCUGGCUGUUUAUGACUGACUGCCAUGCUCCAGCGAGACACGGCCGCUAAAGACGGCCAAAUGCCCUGUGUGAACCGAAAAACCACACCAGGCUUCAAGCUGCGCAGAUGUGACUUAAUCUCAUGCUCUAUCUUUGGGAAAUGAUUAUUUCUUUAUAAAAAUGGAUUGCUUAAGUCAGCCAAUCUGGGCACAAAGGGUACAACAGAAGUCUGUUUAUGCCAGUCGUUUUACAGAGAGAAAUUUUUUGUACAUGUCGUCAGGGAGAGCCCGGAACGCCUCAGAUCAAGACUGCUGUUGUGUGACGAGUGCUAUUGCCUUCACUGGCUUGCUAAGUGCUUUAAAUUCAGUGCUGAUGUGUUUGCAGCCCUGCACGCCUCUGCUUUCUCUGCUGCGAGAGAGAGAGCCAGCACUGUGCCUCAUUCAGUCACGUGACUGCAACUUCUGCUGCCAUCGAAGCUUACAGGCCAAUAGGUUCAGCUGUAUAUUUUGUUGCCAUCUGAUUACGAUCUCACUUUUCACUAGACUAUGAUUGUAAAUGAAAUACAAUGUACAGUUAAUUUUAUGAAUGUUUUGAUCGCAGCUGCUGUACUGAAGCACAUUUCGUGCAAGGGUUGUUUUUGGUUGCUUUUACAGAGGCCAAAGUGACAUUCCAGUCAGUAUUUAUUACAUUUUUUGUGCAUUAAUUGCGCACUAAAGUUAAUAGCAAGUUAAUAGAGAACAACACACUUGUAAAGACCUUGCCUGUAGGAUUCAAAUGUCAGAUAGGAUGUCAGAUCCUGAAACGGGAGGAGAGAUUUGUGGGGGUUUUUAAGAUGUUUAAACCAUGAUGUAAAUCUUAUCAACCUGGGUUGCUGAAAAAUAAUUACACCUGCUGUAAGUAAGUUUUAUUUAUCUUUUUUACUUCUGAAUAUUUAGUUCCAUUUAUGUAAAUCAGAGCCUUAACGGCACUCAGAGGAAACUACGGAUGCUAAUGGUUGGAAUAGUUCUUCUUUCUUGUGGCUAGUCCUCUUGUGUACAGGGCAUUUUGAUAGGAAAAACUGACCUUGCUGCUCUUAGUAUUAAGACGUAUCACUGCUCUUGAAAACAGUUAAGCUACAUUGUCUACUCUGCAGCCACAUCUCGGGAUGAAAUUGCAUAAGUUUAAAAGAAAUUGUCACUUGUUUCAUUCUAAAUAUUACAUGUUAAAAUUCAAUGUUAAAGAUGACGCCUUCUUAUGAAACUUGUUUGUGAAUGUUUUGUUGUAAAAAUGAAACAAGGUCAUGUUAGAAGUUUAACAUGUAUUGUGAAACUAACUGCUUGGACCUGUUUAAUAGUCAAAUGUUACCAUCGUUCUUGCCUCGUGUGUUCAUAAAAACUAUUUUUCUACGUAUUUUCCUUUUUAUUCUCAUCUAUUCUUAUGUACUAAAUACAGCAUUUUGUUUUUUAAUAAAAAGGGAUAUUGUGAGAAGCAGCAGAGUGGAGCCAUUAGCAGUGAUAGCGGGAUCAGCCGAUCCUUCUUCAGAUAUAAGGGUCCAAAUAGAUAAGAAAGACAUGACUGACCCUAGACCAGCACACUUUAUCAAAGCAGAAAACCACUCACAGUCCAGGCACGCUGCUCGAAAGACAAAUACCGCCACGUAAUAUGUGUGUAAAUGUCAGAGAAAAUGUGUCACUGACGCCGUGACAGCCACCUGUCAUGAGUCAGGUAUUCAGCAGUUUCACUGUUUUGUCUGGAAAUAAUGCAGAUUACACCUUAGGGAAGGUUUGAGUGACCAAACUCCAUCCUAUUGUCCAUCUAAUGUUUGGUCCUAAUUACUGUGACAGAAUAGUGCUUGACCAAUAAGCACAGCAUGGCUCUGCUUUGCUCAUUGUUAGUCAGGUGGCUUACUUGCAUAAAUCGUGCUAUGUUGAGAUUCAUCGUUCUUCAUUGUGGAGACACUGUUGUCUGUAUUUGCUGUGAAAUAAACAUUUUCCAAAUGA